AUGGCCCACUUGACCGACGACGUCCCUCGCCGCUGCUCUCUCCCUUCCUUCAAAUCAACGGCAAGCAUGACACCCUCGGAGGUGGGCGAGGAGCGUCGACUCCCCCCUCUGCCUCAGAUUUUGCCUUUGCCUGCUCGUGGACCUUUCAACCCAUUCAACGCCAAAGAUGCCCUCGUUCCUACCACCCCGGGGCCUCAGGACAGUUUCCAAUACAAGUCACCCUGGCCAGCCGCCGAGCACAUCGUCGCUCCUCCCUCCCCGGCCAACUCGGCCGAGAGCUCCUGGCAAGAGUCCUUCGCCAUGCAGAAGGCGAGCGCAGGAGACUGGCCCACCGACCUCUCACAGAGCGAGAUCAUGGCCCUUGUGGCCCCGCAGAACCUCAACCGCAAAGCCCCACUCCAGCAGCUCUGCGGGCGUAAGCGCAAGGGCAGCUCCCAAUCUAUUGAAGAUGAUCAGCGUGAGAAGCACCGCAUUGCCGAGGGCAAUCGCCGCAGCAACCUCAGCGAGCUGCACCGCCAACUGGACAGCCGCAUCCACGACUUCUUCCUCGAGCGUGCCGGCUGGAAUCCCUCCAAGAGCCUUACUCAAUCCAAGGAACACAUUGUGCAAGGAGCCAUCUACCUGGUGGACUUCAUGCUGGCGAUCAUCGUCCACCUCAUCCGCCAGGAGCAGGUCACACCGCAGCUCUCUGAGAAGCUGCAGCCCCAGGUCCGCUGCAUGCAGCUCCAGCAACUAGUCAGCUCCCUACAGCAACAGAACCAGACGGCCCAGCAGCAGCUGAAGGUCACCAAGGUCGAGAACGAGAUGCUGCUGGACCGCAACCGUGCCCUCGAGUUCCAGCUCAAGUCAUACGAGCAGAUGUUCCGCUCCCCAAAGGCCGAGAGCACCAGCCCGGGUCCCCUGCUCGAUUUCCCCGAGCACAAGCGCCAGAAGAAGAAUGGCCUCCCCGGUCUGCGGGUCUUCUGCGAUGAGAUCGCGAUGGCUUCUGAGCCGGCCGCUUACGAUGCGCUCCCCAGCUCGACUUCGCAGUCCUUCGGCUCCUCCUACCUCACUGCCACGCCCCCUAUGACUGGCCCUCCCUCCCCUGCUUUCCCGCCUUCGCACGCCUCCUACACAUACGCCUCUGCGCCUCGUCGACACUCCCUCAUCGCGUCCCCGUAG